AUGAAGGAGAAGGAUUUAAGAGAAAUACAGCAGUGUAAAGCAGGUGUAACGAAGGAUGAAAGAGGAGAACCAGCCUUCUCGAACUUUACAUUUGAUCAUUGGGAGAGUAGAGGCAAUAUCAACAUCCUCCAGUCGUCACCUCUCCCAGUCACACUUUCGGGAGUAUGUCUCCUGGUUGCGGUUUGUUUGGCCUUGCCUGUUGCUGAAGAAAAACCUGAUGAUGAAGCAGCUGAUCUUCUUGCAUCUGGAAGUGACUUGAUAGCUGCCGAAUCGGGUCAUCAUGGACAUCAUGGUGGCGGAGGAGGAGGUGGUGGAGGUGGCCACUUUGAUUUCCAUGAAGGUCACUGGAAGAAGGGACACGGUGGACACGGUGAACACGGUGGCGGCCACAAACAUUUCGAAGAUGAUUGGGGAGAAUGGCACAAACACGGUGGACACGGUCAUCAGGACAAAGGUGGUCAUCAUCACGAUAAAUUUGGCAAACAUCACGAAGGUCAUCAUCAUUCCGGCCACGAUCAUCAUGGAGGUCACGGUCACAAAGAAUGGGGCGGUCACGGACAUCACGGACACAAAUCUGGAGACCACCAUCACAAAGAUCACGGUCACAAGAAGCACGGAUUUAAAAAUACUUACCACAAAGAAGAACAUGGAGAUCACAAAUCUUACCACGAUAACUUCCAGGAUAGCGACCAUCAUAAGAAACAUAAGGAUCAUCAUGAAUCUUAUAAAUUUCAUGGAGACAAGCACCACAAGCACCAUCACGGUAAAGGCUACCAUGAUAAACAUGAACACGGUGACCAAUACCAUAAGCACGGUGGUGGUGGACAUCACCAUCAUGACGAAGGAGACUGGAAGAAGGGCGGACAUCAUCACAAAGAACACCACGACCAUAAACACGGAGGUGGCCAUCAUCAUCACGAACAUCACGAACAUGGAGGACACGGUCACAAACACCACGGCAGUAGUGGAGGAGGUGGCGGUGGCGGCCACGGAGGAUACGGCGGACAUCAUGGAGGACACGGUGGACAUCACGGGGGAUAUGGUGGACAUCACGGAGGAUACGGAGGACAUGGUCAUCACUAAUUUAUAUCUGAGAACGUUUUAACAAAUGGACUGGAUUACGUGUUCUGUAUUUAUCGUUUGCCAUGCUUUUUGCGCUACAAGUUUUAUAUGGAAAGAAAGAGAUAGGAACAUCAUGUUUCGAGCUUUCUUAGG